AUGGGUUCUACAUCUAAUCCGAAAGAUUGCCACAACUGCGGUAAGUGUAACCGGUCUGAUUCUGCUAACAAUAUGGUCGGGUGCGAUUUGUGUGAGACCUGGGUCCACUACGAUUGUGCUGGUGUAACCGACUCGAUUGCCGACCCGGAGCGUAGCUGGAAGUGCGAAAAAUGCCUUGCGGAGCUGAAUGCCAAGCCACGCAGCCAAAAGUCCGGAACAUCUCGCACAUCAGGCCAAAGUGGAACAUCUCAACGUCAACAACUGCAGCUACAACUGCUAGAAGAGCAGCGAAAACUUCGACUGAAACAUCAAGAAGAAGAAUAUGCGGCAAGGAAAAAGGCAGCGGAAGAAGAAGAGAAGGUUCGCAAGGAACGAAUGGAGGAAGAAUGCCGUUACUUGAAGGAAAAGUUCGAAUUGUUGUUGGCAGGAUCUAACGAAAAUGAUAGCCCCGUUAGCAGAGAUCGAGCAUCUGCAGCUGUACAACCUGUAGCAACCACGUCGGAGGGCGUGACACAAAGUGCAAGCACCAGGCAAGCGCCACCGAAUUCCUCUUCCACUCCGCAAUUCUCGCACAUCCGAGCUAACCCAUCGGGUGAAUUUGAACAGCGUACCUCUAUCUCGCGUAUUCCCAUGGACAUAUCGGAGUUUGCCCCGGGGGUGGGCCCGAGGGACGCAGCGCUGUAUCAACAUCAACGUCGCAGCUUGGACAUCCGCCGAUAG